UUGAGCUCACGGCGCAUGCGCAGAGCGCUGUCAGGGCACGGCACAUACUCACAGCGACAGUAUGGCGGCGGGCUGCUGCAAGAGGGAUGCUGCUGUCGCCGCUGCCUUCACAAUGUGAUCGGAAUAUCGUCUGCUUUCGGAAAGACUACAGUCACCCCCGAGGCCUGUCGCUGUGAUCUCGAUAAGAUGACCAGGCUCGCCGAUUACUUCGUGGUAGUCGGCUACGAUCUCGAUAAGAGAGGAGGUAGUGAAGGUCAAGGCCGAAUUCACCAGCGUUUCCCAGAGAAGGACUGGGAAGAUAACCCCUUUCCUCAAGGCCUUGAGCUGUUCUGUCAGCCCAGUGGAUGGCAGCUGGUUCCAGAGAGAAAGCCUCCCUCUUUCUUUGUGUCAGUUCUCACGGACAUCAACUCCGAGCGGCAUUAUUGUGCGUGCUUCACCUUCUGGGAGUCCGUGGAGAACCCGCAGCUACAGAAAGGAGAACCCAGUGAAGCCGAUGAAGAUGACGGUCCAGACGUGCUUCAGCCUGCUCAACUCUACGCUCCUAAAAGCCUGGUCCUCGUAUCCCGUUUGGACCACACAGAGGUCUUUAGGAACUGCUUAAGUCUCAUCUUCACUGUUCAUGUGGAUGGCCUCACCGUUCCCAUGGAAACGGUGAUCGGAAACCUUCUCACCUGCAUUAUUCCUAUAGCUGGAGGCUCUCAGAUAAAUGACCCCCCUCUUUGUAGUUUAACUGACUGGCUACUGGGUUGUUUCCAGCCGGGCCAAGACGACAGAGAGGAGAGCUCGAGGACCAUCACACUUGGUGCGGGUGACAGGCAGGUUAUCCAGACACCCAUAAACGACUCCCUGCCUGUAAGCGGCUGCAGCGUGGCCCAGCUUUUCAGACAGCUCGGAAUUGCGAAUGUUCUCUGUCUGUUUUGUGCUGCUCUGACGGAGCACAAGAUCCUGUUCCUCUCCAGCAGUUAUCAGCGUCUAACGGACGCUUGCAGAGGUUUACUGGCCAUCAUGUUCCCACUAAAGUACAGUUUUACAUAUGUUCCUAUCUUACCGGGAAAGCUGCUGGAGGUGCUCAGCACGCCGACACCCUUCAUCAUCGGAGUCAACUCAUACUUCCGCUCGGAGACUCAGGAGCUGCUCGACGUAAUCAUUGCAGACCUGGACGGAGGCACGGUGACCAUUCCGGAGUGUGUCCACAUAUCCCUGCUGCCUGAGCCACUUCUUCAUCACACACAGACGGCCAUCUCCAUGGUUCUUGAUCCAGAGCUGGAAGUGUCUGAUCAUGCGUUUCCUCCACCAUCCAUUCAACCAUCCACACCUAAGAUUCAGGAUAAAGAGAUCCGCGCUGUCUUCCUGUGGCUGUUCGCGCAGCUCUUUCAGGGCUAUCGAUGGUGUUUGCAUAUAAUUCGCAUCCACCCUGAACCAGUCAUACGCUUCCAUAAGGCUGCAUUUUUGGGCCAGAGAGCUCUAACUGAGGAUGACUUCCUGAUGAAGGUGCUGGACGGCAUGGCCUUCGCUGGGUUCGUGUCUGAGCGGGGUCCUCCAUACCGAGCCACUGACCUGUUUGAUGAUCUCAUAGCCAAUGAGGUGGAGCGCAUUCGACAGGAGGCAGGAAAUCCUCAUAAAGUGAUGAAGCAUGUUAAGGAGCUGGCAGAGCAUCUUUUCAAAAAUGAAAACCCAUACCCAGCGGUGACCAUGCACCGAGUUCAGAGGACCGCUGAAAACGUUCUGCACCGGCUACCACAGUCCGUUUUCCCUCACCUGGACGAGGUCUCCGUGCAGCUCUUUAUAGACCACGCCACAGCAAAACUCAAAACCGCCCCUCCUGUGGUCAAGGCCGAACUGAAGGGCAUGGUUCCAUCCGGACCUCCACUGGCUGACAUAGUGGACAGGAACGGGAAUGUAAUGGCAAACAGCGCCCGGAGGUUAGAGGUGGUCAGGAACUGCAUCACAUAUAUUUUUGACAACAAGAUGCUGGAAGCCAAGAAGUUAAUGCCAGCGGUGUUGAGGGCGCUGAAAGGUCGGGCGGCGCGUGUUUGUCUGACCCAGGAGCUCAACCUUCACGUGCUGCAGAACAGGGCCGUUCUGGACGACCAACAGUUCGACUACAUCAUCCGUAUGAUGAACUGCACCCUGCAGGAUUGCUCGCAUAUGGAUGAACAUGGGAUUGCUGCUGCCCUCCUGCCAUUGGUCACUGCCUUCUGUCGUAAAUUGGGGGGAGGCAUCACUCAGUUCGCCUACAGCUGCGUUCAGGAGCACAUGGUGUGGACAAAUAUGCAGUUCUGGGAGGCCAUGUUUUACAGUGAUGUUCAGAAACACAUCCGGACCCUGUACCUGGAGAAUGGCGAGGGGGGAGACCCAUCCACCCCUGAGGUGGAGGGCAUGGGGGGUCAGAAGCAGCUGUCCGCCCUGGACUUGGCAUCAGAGCAGAGCCGUCUAUGGCCCACGUUGAGUAAAGAACAGCAGCAGGAGCGCGUUCAGAAGGAGGAGAGCACUGUGUUCAGUCAGGCCAUUCACUACGCCAACCGCAUGAGCUAUCUUCUGCUGCCGCUCGACACCAGUAAAAACCGCCUGCUCCGUAACACCGGCCUGGGGGAUGUGGAGAGCGUCAGCAACAGCUACGUCACUAACAGUAUUGCGGGCAGCAUGGCAGAAAGCUACGACACAGAGAGCGGCUUUGAGGAUGCCGAGAGCUCGGAUGUUGCGAACUCGGUUGUUCGUUUCAUCAACCGCUUUGUUGACAAAGUGUGCAACGAGACCGGCGUCACCAACGAACACCUGAAGGCCCUUCACACUAUGAUACCAGACAUCGUUCAGAUGCACAUCGAGACAUUGGAAGCUGUUCACAGGGAGAGCAAACGACUGCCGCCUAUCCAAAAGCCUAAGCUUUUGAGGCCAACUCUCCUGCCCGGUGAGGAGUUUGUGAUGGACGGCAUGCGGGUGCACCUAAUAGCAGACGGCCGAGAGGAAGCCACGGGCAUGAUGGGUGGGCCGCCCCUGCUGCCCGCCGAAGGAGCCAUCUUUCUCACUACCUACCGGCUCAUCUUCAAGGGCACACCCACCGACCCGCUCGUUGGAGAGCAAGUGGUCACCCGCUCUUUCCCCGUCGCCUCCCUCACAAAAGAGAAGCGAAUCUCUAAUCUUAAUCUUCCCAUGGAUCAGUUCAUACAAGAGGGUCUCCAGCUGCGUUCCUGCACCUUUCAGUUGAUGAAGAUCGCCUUUGAUGAGGAGGUGGCGUCAGAUCUUGCUGAGGUGUUCAGGAAGCACAUGCAUAAGCUCAGAUACCCACAGCACGUCCAGGGCACGUUUGCCUUCACUGUGGGUCAGUCUGCAAAGCUGGUGGUGGAGCACAAGACCAAGGACAAGAACCAGUCGCUAAAAACGCUGUCUAAAAACCUGGUUAAGACCGCAAAGAGGACCAUUGGGCGUCAAUAUGUUACCCGGAAGAAGUAUUCCCCACCGACCUGGGAAAACCGCAGCAGUUUGCAGUCAGAGUUCGACGAGGAUGAGAUCUCUGUGUCUGAAGAGCCGGACCAGAGUUCGCUCACGCUUUCCUCCACCAUCCGCUCGUCGGACCGCCAGACCAUGAGUAAUGUGGUCGAGCGGGCCUGCUGUCGCGACUAUCAGCGUUUGGGAUUGGGAACUCUCAGCAACAGCUUGACACGAUCCAAAAACGAACCUUUCCGGAUCUCCACUGUCAACCGGAUGUACACGGUCUGUCGAAGUUACCCAGGGUUACUGAUCGUGCCUCAGAGCAUCCCUGAUUCCACCAUCCAGCGCAUCUGCCGCUGCUACCGGCAGAACCGUUUUCCUGUGGUGUGCUGGAGGAACUCGCGCACCAAAGCUGUGCUGCUGCGCUCGGCCGGCCUGCAUGCUAAAGGCGUCGUGGGCUUCUUCAAAUCACCCAAUGCACCCACUGCAGGCCCGUCCCAGGCCGACUCCACCAGCCUGGAGCAGGAGAAGUAUUUGCAGGCAAUCAUCAGCUCUAUGCCCUCGUACAGUGAGGCCAGCGGGAGGAACACACUCAGCGGCUUCACCUCCACACACAUGAGCACCUCAGACUCAUCAGACAAGCUGAGGCAGCCUAAAAUUGGAGCUUUAAUGAAACAAGUCAUGGGGACUAAAGAGGACGUGCCAGGAACCUUCAGUAGAGGAGCGCUGGGUCAGAGGGCAAAGGUCAUCUCCCUCUCCCAGCCUAGAGUUUCAGUCAAGGCCCGCAACUCUCCUAGAGGGAAAUGGGGCAGUAUUCGUGGAAGUGGCCGACUCAGCACGUAUAACCCAGAUGUGGGGAACAGGCUGGCUGGGAAAGAGUCUCCUCAAGCUAAUGGAGGCCCAACCGAGACAUAUUUCCUUCGCCAACAGAGAGCGUACCUCUAUAUCAUUGGAGACAAGUCCCAGCUCAAGGGUGGAAAGCAGGACUCCUUCCAGCAGUGGGAGGUGGUGCCUAUCGAGGUCUUUGAAUUACGGCAAGUGAAGAACAGUUUCAAGAAGCUGAUGAAAGCCUGUGUGCCUUCCUCAACCAACAAUGAUCAAAACAUGACUUUUCACCGUUGCCUGGAGGAGUCAGAGUGGAUGAAUCUGCUUCACAGGGUUCUACAGGUGUCUGUUCUUGUUGUGGAGCUGCUGGAGACUGGUUCCUCUGUCAUGGUUAGUUUAGAAGAUGGCUGGGAUGUCACAACACAGGUGGUGUCCCUGGUGCAGCUGCUGUCGGAUCCAUACUACCGAACCAUUGAUGGAUUCAGGCUGCUCGUGGAGAAAGAGUGGUUGUCGUUUGGCCAUCGAUUCAGCCACCGUGGAGCCCAGACGCUUACCAGCCAGAGCAGCGGAUUCACACCUGUCUUCCUUCAGUUCCUCGACUGUGUUCACCAGAUCCACCUGCAGUUCCCCAUGGAAUUUGAGUUCAGUCAGUACUACCUGAAGUUUCUAGCCUACCACUACGUAUCCAACCGCUUCCGCACCUUCCUGCUGGACUCGGACUAUGAGCGCAUAGAGCUUGGUGUCUUGUAUGAGGAAAAAGGUGAGAGGAAGAACCCUCAGGUGUGUAAGUCUGUCUGGGAUUACAUUGAUCGACUCAACAAGAAGACCCCCAUAUUCUACAACUACAUGUUUUCACCCGAGGAGGAAGAGGUCUUAAAGCCCUACAGUUUCAUCUCCAACUUGAAGGUUUGGGACUUUUACACAGAGGAAACACUUUCUGAGGGUCCGUCCUUUGACUGGGAAUUAGUGCGGGGCCGACAGGAGAAGCCACAGGAAGACGCCAGUGAAAGGCAGGAGACGACAGCACCCAAGUCCCAGCGGAGGAUCGUCUGGCCUUGCUAUGACAGCCUCAGUAAAGUAGUGCCUGAUGCCAUCACCAAACUCUUGCAGGAUGUGCAGAACCUAGAAACUGAGUUGGGACAACCUACGGAGAAAUGGAAGGACACAUGGGACAAGAUUAAGACUGCCCAAAGGGUUGAGUCCAGACUAGAGAGCAGGAACUCCUUUUCCAGCUCUCUGCUCAUGUCGUCUAAUCUGAGUCACCAGCGGCGCUCUCAGGGUGUGUAUCUGCAAGAGAGUGGAGUCGGCUCCUCCAUUAACCUGGCAUUGGACUGUGAGGGCAGCAACACGUCCACGCCUGCAGCUGGUCGGCCCAGUACCAGCACGCUCUACAGCCAGUUCCAGAGCACUGAGAGCGAGAACAGGAGCUUUGAGGGUAUUUUAUACAAAAGAGGUGCUUUGCUGAAACCUUGGAGACCACGUUGGUUUGUACUGGAUAAGACCAAACACCAGUUGCGAUACUAUGAAACCCGGCAAGAUAAAGAGUGUAAGGGAGUGAUCGAGCUAGCUGAAGUGGAAUCUGUCAUUCCGGGGACGCCCACCAUGGGAGCACCUAAAAACAUGGAUGAAAAAGCCUUCAUUGAUCUCAAGACGACCAAAAGAGUAUACAACUUCUGUGCCCAGGACAGCACGUAUGCACAGUUAUGGAUGGACAGUAUUCAGAGUUGCCUAUCUGAUGCGUAGGGGCUUUGCUGAGGAGAGAACUGUGACAAUUUGUGGGGGGGCGGAGCCAGUGACUGACAGUGCUCAUGGCCAAUGGGCAACGCUUCCCCAGAGUUUACAGAGGAAAGUUGGAACGGGCUUCCGUGUUGGUGGUAUUGAACUUUACGAUGUCGCUCCUCACCACAUUUCAGCUUUGUUGUUUUUUUUUGUCGAAAAGCUAUGGAAAAAGCGAAGAAUUCCCUUUAAGACUGAUAUCUGUGAUCUCACACGUACUCGGCUUGUUUUAAACAGUCAAACCCCCUGGAUGUUCUCCUACGGUUGUUUGAAAAGGCAUGAUGUGUGAUUCUUCAUCUACCGCUCGCAUCCCACCUUAUUGCUCCAGUACUGCCAAUGGCACCUUUCAGCUAUGCAGGGGCUCUAAAAAUGGCCAAUAACAAAAGAGUGACCCCUAAUGUAACAUUUAACCCCGUCUGAUCUCCUUACUGUCACUAUGCCACUGCUUGGAGCCGAACUGCACAUCACAUGUCCCGGUCCCGCCUUCUCAAUUGCUAGACGAGUUCUCUCGCUUCUCUCUGAUUGGCUGGCUUCGUCAAACAGGGUCUCCGUGUAACGGUUCAUGAAGGAUUUGUGUUUAAGACUUGUUUUCCAUUGUUAUUCACAUCAAAAUAAUAUAAAAAGAUCCAUCGUUGAGACGGUUCACCAUGUCCAAACUGUAAAGUUAUCUGGAGGUUCACAUUUUGACUGUUAACGAACUAAAUUCUUGGGUUCUUCCAAUGAAAAUAAAAACCACUAUUUUGAGAAUUUUAAGGGAUGCUGAAGGAAAUGGAGGGAUGAAUUUUGUCAUAAUUUAUGCACAAAAAAAAGAUGAUUCUUUGAUUUUUUUCGAAGACAAAAGACAGACUAAAGGGGGGGAGGACGGUGUGUGGAUGAGAUUUAUAACCUCUUCGUUUCAAGUUUCUGUUUACACCAAUCAGAGGCCAGAGACUGUAGCUGGUCGCAAUGACAACUGGGUUCCGCAUCAUUUCCUGUAACAAAAAUAUGCAUCCGAAUGGGUACAAACUUUGAGAUGGAAGUGAGAUAUCAGACCUGUCAUAUCUAUUUAGCAAAGUUUUGAAUCAGCCUGUCCCGAAAUCAAAUGCGGGUGCCUGUGCGAGGCCAGUCGUCAUGUGCUUCUGUUCUCCAGCCUCUGAUCCCUGGAUCUGUCAGAAUCAGUGUUUUAGUUAGUCUGUUACCUGUUCUGUUUCGAAUCCUGUACAUAGAGGAGUUUGUUUAUAUUAUUCCUUUAGAGAAAGGGUCUAUUGUGCUGGACUUGGUGAGGAUGCAUAAAAGUAUCACCUGUUUAUCACAGGACUGCACCGUUGCAGGGGUUUUUUUGUUUCGUUUUUUUUUUUUUUAUUCCAGAUACAAGAACUAACACACACACACACACACGGUGUAAAAUAGGGUAAUACUUAAGAUCUGUUGAUGACAACAAAAUUUGAAUUGUAGAUUUUUGUUUCAAUAACUCCCUUUGUAUAUAAUACUCAAAUGUGUAUGUUAAUGGUAGUAAUUUAUUUAACUUUGUCUCCUGAAUAUCUGAAUAUGACAGUCCUCAGAGCACCACUUAACUUUUAAAUUAGAAAUCCAAUAUGUGCCAUUGUUUAUCUCUCUGUUAACGUGACUAAUGAUAUAUAUAUAUAUAUAUAUAUAUAUAUAUAUAUACAGUGUGUGUGUGUAUAUAUAUAUAUAUAUAUAUAUACACAUACAUAUAUACAGUGUGUGUAUAUAUAUAUAUAUGGAAACCUUCAGAUGUGACUCAUAAAUAAACCCUACAUUUUAUUUUAUUUUUUAAAUUCCUUUCUUCUUUUACUUUGAAAUGAUACUUGAUCAGUACACGUUCACAUAAUUCGAGUCCCAGGACGCAACAGUUUUGUAACAUUCAUGAUAUCUGAAAGCAAAAACUGCAUAACAUUUUUAAUUAUUUAUUUUUCAUACUUUUUUAAUUCGAUUUAUUUAAUCUGAUCCAGGUUGUUUUGUCAAUCAUGCCAUAUAUUUUUAGGAUUAAACCACUGUGAGGUUCAUGGCCUCCUGACAUU